AUGCCACGCCUGCGAGGGACUAAAUAUUUGACCUGCUUUUAUUGCGGCAAGCGAUCAAAUACGAAAUAUGACGGCAUCACACGCCAGUUUCUAUGCCUGUCAUGCGAUGCGACAAACUACCUCGAUCACAAUGGAGAGAUUACGGAUCCUCCAGUAGCUACCGAGCGUGAAGCUCCCGCGACCUUAUACGCCAAUCCCCGACCAUCCUCUCCCUCACUUCCCCAAGACAGCAUCUUUUGCAAAACAUGCCUUAAGAAUCAGCGACUCUUUACCUCAUCCCUGGCACAGUACUUACCCGACGAUCCAAGCCAUCCAGAAUAUGCCGAGCUCGAGCGCAACUACUACCGAUAUCGAAAGGGGUUGGAGGAGCGAUACCCCCAAGUCUGUGACGAAUGCGCCGUUAGAGUGGAUGGACAAAUUAAAAGGGCCGGAUACACAGCCAAGACAGACCAUCUCCGGCGGAUGAUGGAGAAAAGCAGGGGACGGAAGAGCACUUCUGACAGGAGUAGUGCCCUGAAUUGGCUCGACAGUCUAGGGAGGGCAUUGUGGUGGGGAGGAUUGACUAUGCAAAUGUUUUGGCAUCUUAGAGCUGUCACGUUCGCGCUACAGCACCAAGACGUUGGAAUGUAUGAUCCUGAUGAUCAAAGUUGGUCAGUGAUGGCUGUAACUGGGUUGUCUCAGGCUGUCGAUUUCCUUCCACCAGCCGACUUCCUGAUCAAUACUGCUGUUCUCGCAAGCAUACUAUCGGCGUGGUGGAAUCCUCAGUUUGUGCAGGUCGGGCUGAUUGUCUUCUUCCGGUUCCUAUUCCGUCGGGUUCUUGAAAUGGAUGGAGGCCACGCGCAGUCACGUAACGCCCAACUUAGUGCGCACCUGGUCAUGUCGGCCGUGAUGGUUAUGAUAUACUCCUCUGCGAAACGAUCCAUCAAAGUCGACACGACGCCCCUUUUCGGCAGCAGUGCCGAUACUGCAUCUUCACCAAAACAGCCUAAACUCACCCGAGUGAAGAGGGAAGAGCCAAAGACGUUUUCUGAUCUGCUGAACGAAGCGCUGGAUUCACCCACACAGGCUCCUCAGACUGACCGGUCACAACGAUCAUAUGCCAGCUCGUUUUCGCCGCAACGAUAUGUACCCAGUAGUCCACUACGCCCCACGGAAAGUCCCUUCAAUCGAUUCAACAGUCUCAAUAUCACGCCGCAAAGGACCCAGGAAGUUGGAGCCUCGGAUGAGAUGGAUUGGACACCCACUGAGUCCCAGAUCAAGCCACAGUCGCAAUUCCGAGCCUUUCAAGAUUCGCCAAUCACAAAUGGUCCGAGAAGACCCUUUGGCGAGUCGCCGGUGAACAACAACCCAAGUCCAUUCUGGUACAAAGUUCCUGUUGCUCCAACGACCCCAGCUCAACGUUUGCGAAAUCCACCUAAUGCGCCUAUCAUAAGAAGUAAGCCAGUAGAGCAGGAAAGCAUCUUCUUCCGCGGUGCCGCGAGGAAGAAGGACGAGAAUGAGACGGAAGAGCGUGAAGUUUCUUUUAAACCACCUAGCUUCUUCGCGCCUCAGGAAAGUCACGAUGAGGCAAAUGGGUUGGCGGAUCUCUUAAGCCAGAGCUUCAGUCUAGGCCAAGAGUAUAGUGAGUCUGACCAAGGAUCAGUAACACGCCCAUCUAGUUCUCACGCCCCCGGGUCUCCCCAAUUUGGAAGGCUUGGUGUCGAGUUUAUUACUAUCGCCGUUUUGCUCGUUCUUUGGGGUCUGACUGCCGCAUUCCCACUGCCUUUUGGUCGGGAGGUGCAACUUGCACUGUUGUCUGCAGCGGGAAUCAUCGCUCUACGAGUAACAGGCGAAGCGGGCCAAGAACCAGGAGAUAGAAGAGGCCCUAGUGCGGCGACAUAUGUGAGCUCCGCAUUGAGUGUGUUUGAGCUAACAGCUGUGUGCUGGCUUGGCUGGGAAACAUGGCAGGGAAACACAGAAGGUGGGAAAUAUGGUGUGGGAGUUUUGACGGCCAUGCUGGGCCAUCAGUAA